CAAUGUACUUCCUGAUACUAAUUUUCGUAGCAAGGCUAGUCGUGUACAUUGUUGGAGCGGACAACGGGGUUUCAUUCGCAACGUUCUAGAAAUUUCCUCUCCCCAUCCCCUUGUCCAAUACACAGCACGUAAUAUUGUAUAUGUUUUUGGAGAAAUUCUGGACUCAAAGGGAAGAAUUUAAAGUCAUAUCGGUGGAAUAUUGUUUGUAUUCUCAUCUCGACAACACGCAGUUGGACGCACUCUGAUGGCGGUCACUAUCGAGGAGCUGUAUCGUAACUAUGGGAUUCUUGCUGAUGCCAAGCCGGAGGAUCUGAGCCAGCACAAAGAUGCCUAUCAGGUGAUCCUUGAUGGCGUGAAAGGGGGUCCUAAAGAGAAGCGCUUGGCAGCACAGUUCAUUCCCAAAUUCUUCAGCAGUUUCCCAGAGCUGGCAGAUGCAGCAAUCAACGCUCAGCUUGACCUGUGUGAGGAUGAAGACGUCUCGAUUCGGAGGCAGGCCAUCAAAGAGCUCCCCCGUUUCGCAGCCGGGGAGAACAUCGUCAGGGUAGCAGAUAUCCUCACCCAGCUCCUCCAGACAGAAGAUUCGGCCGAAUUCAACCAAGUGAACACAGCUCUGGUCUCCAUCUUCAAGAUGGACGCGAAGGCUACACUAGGAGGUCUGUUCUCUCAGAUCCUGCAGGGGGAGGACAUAGAGGAGAGGGCCAUCAAGUUCCUCUCCAUCAAGCUGAAGACCAUGCCUGAGGACGCCAUGACCAAGGAGGUGGAGGACUACAUCUUCACCGAGACAAAGAAGGUGCUGGAGGACGUGACUGGGGAAGAGUUUGUGCUGCUGAUGCGGAUCCUGAUGGUGCUGAAGGGCCUGCAGACGAUGAGUGGGCGGCAGCAGCUGGUGGAGCUGGUGGUGGAGCAGGCCUUUCUGGAGCAGGCCCUGAACCCUGCUGACCCCGACACUGUGGACCGCCUGCUGCAGUGCACACGCCAAGCCCUGCCCCUCUUCUCUAAAAAUGUCCAUUCCACCCGCUUCGUCACUUACUUCUGUGACCACGUCCUGCCCAACCUCAGCUCCCUGACCAGUCCCGUGGCAGAGCUGGACAUUCAGCUGGAGGUGUUGAAGCUGCUUGCUGAGAUGAGUCCAUUCUGUGGAGACAUGGAGAAGGUGGAGACCAACCUCACCAUGCUGUUUGAGAAGCUGCUGGAGUUCAUGCCGCUGCCUCCAGAGGCGGAGGGUGAGAACGGCGAGAACACACUGAGCGACGAGCCCAAGCUGCAGUUCAGCUACGUGGAGUGUCUCCUCUUCAGCUUCCACCAGCUGGGCAAAAAGCUCCCCGAUUUCCUCAUUGACAAGAUCAAUGCAGAGCGCCUCAAAGACUUCAAGAUCAGAUUACAGUACUUCGCCAGAGGGCUGCAGGUGUACAUUCGCCAGCUGCGAGUUGCCCUGCAAGGCAAGACUGGAGACGCACUGAAGACCGAAGAGAACAAGAUCAAAGUGGUGGCUCUGAAGAUCACCAACAACAUCAACGUUCUGAUCAAGGAUCUCUUCCACAACCCACCGUCGUACAAGAGCAGUGUCACGCUGUCCUGGAAGCCUGUCCAGAAGGCUGAGACUGUAGCUCUGAAGCGCCCGUCCGGGGAGGAUAUGGGUGCAGGCAGUACCAUGAAGAAGCAGCUGUCCCCCCUGCCCCGGAGGGAUGCACGGCAGAUCUACAACCCCCCCAGUGGCAAGUACAGCGCCACCAUCGGCAACUUCUCUAACGAGCAGCGUGGAGGCUUCAGGGGCGGCCGGGGGAGAGGAUUCGGAGGCAGGGGUCGAGGCCGAAUCUACUGAGUCCACCAUCACACACACACACACACUACACACACUGAACUGCAGCACAUCAGGAUCCCUGCCGUAACCAAGGGGGUCUCCAUGACCACCGCUCCUCAACCUGUGUCCACUUGUUCUUUUUCCUCCGCCUCCAAACACCUGUGCAAAGGAAGUUGUUGUUUUUUUGGUCGUUUCCUGCCCUCAGAGUAAAUCCACUUCAAGGAGACUGGGAUUUGGACUUUCCUACCUGACAUUUCCACCCUCACACUCUUGCCUGGUGAAGCGAUUGUUCAAGUAGAUCCUUGUGGUUUUAGUUUUUUAUUAGUAUUUUUGUGGAACCAGAGACUGACAAGUUGUACCUGAUUUGAUAUUUUUGUCAGAAGAAAAAAAAAGUUUUAUAAACUGUUGACAAAUGCAUUCUCUUUUUAUUUCUUUAAAAAAAAAUCGAGCUUGGAUUUGGAUUGGCCUUCUCUCUUCGCUACUUUGUAUGAAUCCAAAUUUUUUCAUCUGAAUUUUUUUUUUUUAUCAAACUUGUAUUGAUGUCUCCACCACCAUGCCCUUUUGUUUGUGUAAAACCUUGUUAAAAUAAGACAAUUACAUUGAAAACCAAUGUAUUCUGAAUUUUUAGGUAGUAGGAAAAACUAGAUUAUUUCCUCUGCAAAGGCUGUGUGACGCCGAAUAGAUGAUUAUUAAAGUAAUUUUGUUUUAUUGGACAUUGGGUGUCUUUUGAAUCAGCCAAGGCAGAUUUAGGACUUGGGAGUUCAAUUUUAAUUAACUCCCAAGUAGCUUUUCUACUAAAUUUAAAUGAGUUUAGAGUCUCAAUUUGAGUUUUCCAUUCAUGUUUUGCAUGCUUUUAUUUUUAUUAAAUAUUUCUCCCCAUGUUAUUUAAAAACUUUUGGAUUAAAAAAAGGAAAUCAAAUCUGA